CCAAACACGGAAGCGCACGUUUGAACAAAAUCAGCUUUGCUACUGCUGUAUUUUACAUGCAUUUUGCAGUAUUUAAUGGGUGUUUUAAAUAGCCCAAGUUUAAGCCGUUUGCGAGUUAUUGUUCUUAUAUUGACUGGAAGCUUUGUAUUGUGUGUCGUCUGGAAUUUGAAGCCUAAAACGCCAGAGAUAUCCACAGGUAGGCUAGCAUGCUAACGUUCUCUAAACGCACUGCUCUCUGACUAUGAUUGCACUUAGUUGCCAAGAGUCCAACAUCACUGUUCAAAUCAAAUUGUAUUUGUCACAUGCGCCGAAUACAACAGGUGUAAACCUUACAGUGAAAUGCUUACUUACAAGCCCUUAACCAACAAUGCAGUUUUAAGAAAAAUAAGUGUUAAGUAAAACAAUAGAUAAGUAAAAUAAUUAAAGAGCAACAGUAAAAUAACAGUAGUGAGGCUAAAUACAGGGGGUACCGGUACAGAGGCAAUGUGAGGGGGCACAGGUUAGUUAAGGUAAUAUGUACAUGUAGUUAGAGUUAAAGUGACUAUGCAUAGAUAAUAAACAGAGAGUAGUAGCAGCAGCGUAAAAGUGGGGGUGGGGGGAACAAUGCAAAUAGUCCGGGUAGCAAUUUGAUUAGCUGUUCAGGAGUCUUAUCAAAUCAAGUCAAAUUUUAUUUGCCACAUGUGCCGAAUACAACAGGUGUAGACAUUACAGUGAAAUGCAAAUAGUCCGGGUAGCCAUGAUUAGCUGUUCAGGAGUCUUAUGGCUUGGGGGUAGAAGCUGUUGAGAAGCCUUUUGGACCUAGACUUGCCGUGCGGUAGCAGAGAGAACAGUCUAUGACUAGGGUGGCUUGAGUCUUUGACAAUUUUUAGGGUCUUCCUCUGACACCGCCUGGUAUAGAGGUCCUGGAUGGCAGGAAGCUUGACCCCAGUGAUGUACUGGGCCGUACGCACUACCCUCUGUAGUGCCUUGCGGUCGGAGGCCGAGCAGUUGCCAUACCAGGCGGUGAUGCAACCAGUCAGGAUGCUCUCGAUGGUGCAGCUGUAUAACUUUUUGAGGAUCUGAGGACCCAUGCCAAAUAUUUUCAGUCUCCUGAGGGGGAAUAGGUUUUGUCGUGCCCUCUUCACGACUGUCUUUGUGUGUUUGGACCAUGAUAGUUUGUUGGUGAUAUGGACACCAAGGAACUUGAAGCUCUCAACCUGUUCCACUACAGCCCCGUCGAUGAGAAUGGGGGCGUGCUCAGUCCUCUUUUUUUUCCUGUAGUCCACAAUCAUCUCCUUUGUCUUGAUCACGUUGAGGGAGAGGUUGUUAUCCUGGCACCACACGGCCAGGUCUCUGACCUCCUCCCUAUAGGCUGUCUCAUCGUUGUCGGUGAUCAGGCCUACCACUGUUGUGUCGUCGGCAAACUUAAUGAUGGUGUUGGAGUCGUGCCUGGCCAUGCAGUGAUGGGUGAACAAGGAGUACAGGAGGGGACUGAGCACGCACCCCUGAGGGGCCCCCGUGUUGAGGAUCAGCGUGGCAGACGUGUUGUUACCUACCCUUACCACCUGAGUGCGGCCCGUCAGGAAGUCCAGGAUCCAGUUGCAGAGGGAGGUGUUUAGUCCCAGGAUCCUUAGCUUAGUGAUGAGCUAUGAGGCCACUAUGGUGUUGAAUGCUGAGCUGUAGUCAAUGAAUAGCAUUCUCACGUAGGUGUUCCUCUUGUCCAGGUGGGAAAGGGCAGUGUGGAGUGCAAUAGAGAUUGCAUCAUCUGUGGAUCUGUUGGGGCGGUAUGCAAAUUGGAGUGGGUCUAGAGUUUCUGGGAUAAUGGUGUUGAUAUGAGCCAUGACCAGCCUUUCAAAGCACUUCAUAGCUACAGACAUGAGUUGCUACGGGUCGGUAGUCAUUUAGACAGGUUAUCUUAGUGUUCUUGGGCACAGGGACUAUGGUGAUCUGCUUGAAACAUGUUGGUAUUACAGACUCAGUCAGGGACAUGUUAAAAAUGUCAGUGAAGACACUUGCCAGUUGGUCAGCACAUGCUCGGAGUACAUGUCCUGGUAAUCCGUCUGGCCCUGCGGCCUUGUGAAUGUUGACUUAAGGGUAGAAGCUGUUAAGAAGCCUUUUGGACCUAGACUUGGCACUCCGGUACCGCUUGCCGUGCGGUAGCAGAGAGAACAGUCUAUGACUAGGGUGGCUGGAGUCUUUGACAAUUUUUAGGGUCUUUCUCUGACACCGCCUGUUAUAGAGGUCCUGGAUGGCAGGAAGCUUGGCCCCAGUGAUGUACUGGGCCGUACGCACUACCAUCUGUAGUGCCUUGCAGUCGGAGGCCAAGCAGUUGCCAUACCAGGCAGUGAUGCAACCAGUCAGGAUGCUCUCGAUGGUGCAGCUGUAUAACUUUUUAAGGAUUUGAGGACCCAUGUUACACAGGCAUAUGACACGCUAGUUUAAUGUCUUGUGCGUAUGUUUAAUGUCUCGUGAAUAACACAACCUAGCUUGGUUAAUUGCUGACAGUAGUAUAAACACAUUGUAUAUAGAAGUAUAAAAUCACUAGAGCUAGCUAUCCAAACAGUUAUAUCAAAGAUUUGUAUAACUAACCCAAGAUAGACCACAGCCUGUUGUUUCCAAUGGGAGCAAAUGAAGCAUAGUGGGCAGAGUCAAGCACGAGCUAGCGAGAGCCUAUUGUCGCGUUCUAGCAUGUAUUUGCAUUUUUCCGUUAGGGAAAGCCUACUCUGAAGUGGGCUUGUGCAAUAACUUGAUUCGCCCUUGCAAUCCUUCUAAACAAUGCACUUUAAAAAUAACUUGGGCAAAGGCUAAAGUCUACAAAAACGUAUUCCACUCUGUUUGUAACAUAUUCUAGUUUUGGAAACUGAAAACUGUUUUGAGAUCAAAUGUUUCAUUGAUGAGAAAAUUAAAAUGGGCAGAAUUUUGGCCAAAAUCCAUCUCCCUCCAUCUUCUCCCACUGCCGGCCUCUGGGCUACCUCUCCACCAUAUUGGGUAGUGAGUGGAAACGCCAACAGGAUGCUUCACAUUUAUACGUUAGGUGAAAUAUCUGUCCCAUUGUUCUGUCUGUGGUUAUAUUUCCUGUCUAUUUCCAUCUCUUAUUUCCGGCCGUCACUAGUUACUACAGCCACAAAGUCAUCAAUUAUGGCUAAACCCCGCCUAGUUCUAAAAUGUAUCUUCUUAAAAUGUUUAACCUAACCUUAACCACACUGCUAACCUUAUGCCUAACCCUAACCACACUGCUAACCAUAUGCCUAACCACACUGCUAACCUUAUGCCUAACCCUAACCACACUGCUAACCUUAUGCCUAACCACACUGCUAACCUUGUGCCUAACCAUAACCACACUGCUAACCUUAUGUCUAACCUUAACCGCACUGCUAACCUUAUGCCUAACCUUAACCACACUGCUAACCUUAUGCCUAACCUUAACCACACUGCUAACCUUAUGCCUAACCUUAACCACACUGCUAACCUAUGCAUAACCCACACUGCUACCUUGUGCCUAACCAUACAUCACACUGCUAACCCUUAUGUCUAACCUUAACCACACUGCUAACCUUAUGCCUAACCUUAACCACACUGCUAACCUUAUGCCGUAACCCUUAAACCACCACUGCUAACCUUAUGUCUAACCUUAACCACACUGCUAACCUUAUGCCUAACCACACUGCUAACCUUAUGCCUAACCCUAACCCUAACCUUAUACCUAACCCAAACCCUAACCUUAUGCCUAACCCUAACCUUAUGCCUAACCCAAACCCUAACCUUAUGCCUAACCUUAUGCCUAACCCUAACCUUACAUUUCAGAUGUAAAAGCUCAUUUUUGUUUUCAUGGAUUUAUAGCCCAUUUUGACUUUGUGGCUGUGGUAAUUAGUGACAACCCUUAUUUCCUGUCCAUGUCUAGAACCGAUGAGUGACCAGACUCUGGAGUAUUUUCUCAGCCAGGGGAAGAUAAAUGUGAAGGAUGCAGCAGAUAUUGAAUGGGCCCAUGCUGCCAACAGCAAGACCAAAAUCACAGAGGCACUACAAAGUAAGACCACCUAGGAUGGAGAGAGUUAUAUCAAAUAAUCUAGAGUGGAUAUGGUUGUAUUCAUUAUGUUGCCCGUCUUUACACAGGCCCAUUAUUCCUCUAGAGAUGUCAUAUAAUUCUGUGGAAAGUUGGGGCUCUAUUAGAAAUACAUAAGUGACUUGCGCACAACGUAACCCAGAGAGUUAUCUGGUUGUAAAGAUGCAGUGGAAAAGGUACAGUGGAUCAAUUCAUUUGCUCAUUCUAGUAUUUCAUAUCCAUACACCCAAGGCUCCGCCCACAUGAUUGAGGCAGACCUUCUUCUGAGGAGCCACGACCCAAAAGAGCCAAUCAUGGCUCAUCCUCCUGAGACUGACAGCGAUGUCACGCUGAGUGAUUGGCUGAAGGAGGUCAAGGCGUCAGACAAGGGGAUAAAGCUAGACUUCAAAAGGUGAAUUAUCUUUCUACUAAUGAUUGUUUAGUACUCGUUAUACUUUUUUGUUAUACCUUAACUAGCUAUAGAUGUUCCCUCAUUUGUGUAUCACCUGUAAGUAGGAUGGAAUAUCGUCCAACCUGUCAUAAAGUAAGGAGGCUUGUCUGAGCCAGAACAACACACAGGGCAGGACGCUAACUGCUUGAGUGCCUAUUACAUUUACAUUUACGUCAUUUAGCAGACGCUCUUAUCCAGAGCGACUUACAGUUAGUGCAUACAUUAUUAUUUUCAUACUGGCCCCCUGUGGGAAACGAACCCACAACCCUGGCGUUGCAAACGCCAUGCUCUAUCAACUGAGCUACCUCCCUGCCUGCCAUUCCCUCCCCUACCCUGGACGACGCUGGGCCAAUUGUGCGCCGCCCCAUUGGUCUCCCGGUUGCGGCCGGCUACAGCAGAGCCUGGAUUCGAACCAGGAUCUCUAGUGGCACAGCUAGUACUGCGAUGCAGCGCCUUAGACCACUGCGCCACUCGGGAGGCCGAGUGACCGAGUGACGAUAGUAUCUUCUGACUAGGGGGGGGGGAGUUUUGUUGAGAGCCCCGACGAUUGCUCUAAACGUUAACACGCAUCGCUUGCGGUGUGGUUUUGGAAAAAUAAGGAACGUAUCUUUCAUAUCAGCGAGAAAUAAUUGUCAAAAAAAAUAAAUGUUAAAUUACUACGCACCUUUUAUAGGGUUAGGGUUCCCACAUGGCCAUACAGUGCCUUGCAAAAGUAUUCACCCCCCUUGGCGUUUUUCCUAUUUUGUUGCAUUACAACCUGUAAUUUAAAUUGAUUUUUAUUUGGAUUUCAUGUAAUGGACAUACACAAAAUAGUCCAAAUUGGUGAAGUGGAAUGAAAAAAAAAUGACUUGUUUAAAAAAAGUAUAAAGAAUUAAUAACAGAAAAGUGGUGCGUGCAUAUGUAUUCACCCGCUUUGCUAUGAAGCCCCUAAAUAAGAUCUGGUGCAACCAAUUUCCUUCAGAAGUCACAUAACUAGUUAAAUAAAGUCCACCUGUGUGCAAUCUAAGUGUCACAUAAUGUGUCACAUGAUCUCAGUAUACAUACACCUGUUCUGAAAGGCCCCAGAGUCUGCAACACCACUAAGCAAGGGGCACCACCAAGCAAGCGGCACCAUGAAGACCAAGGAGCUCUCCAAACAGUUCAGGGACAAAGUUGUGGAGAAGUACAGAUCGGGGUUGGGUUAUAAAAAAAAUAUCUGAAACUUUGAACAUCCCACGGAGCACCAUUAAAUCCAUUAUUAAAACAUUUAAAGAAUAUGGCACCACAACAAACCUGCCAAGAGCGGGCCGCACACCAAAACUCACGGCCCAGGCAAGGAGGGCAUUAAUCAGAGAGGCAACAAAGAGACCAAAGAUAACCCUGAAGGAACUGCAAAGCUCCACAGCGGAGAUUGGAGUAUCUGUCCAUAGGACCACUUUAAGCCGUACACUCCACAGAGCUGGGCUUUACGGAAGAGUGGCCAGAAAAAAGCCAUUGCUUAAAGAAAAAAAUAAGCAAACACGUUUGGUGUUCGCCAAAAGGCAUGUGGGAGACUCCCCAAACAUAUGGAAGGAGGUACUCUGGUCAGAUGAGACUAAAAUUGAGCUUUUUGGCCAUCAAGGAAAACGCUAUGUCUGGUGCAAACCCAACACCUCUCAUCACCCCGAGAACACCAUCCCCACAGUGAAGCAUGGUGGUGGCAGCAUCCCAAAAAAUAAAUUUCAUCGGUAGGGACUGGGAAACUGGUCAGAAUUGAAGGAAUGAUGGAUGGCGCUAAAUACAGGGAAAUUCUUGAAGGAAACUUGUUUCAGUCUUCCAGAGAUUUGAGACUGGGACGGAGGUUCACCUUCCAGCAGGACAAUGACCCUAAGCAUACUGCUAAAGCAACACUCGAGUGGUUUAAGGGGAAACAUUUAAAUGUCUUGGAAUGGCCUAGUCAAAGCCCAGACCUCAAUCCAAUUGAGAAUCUGUGGUAUGACUUAAAGAUUGCUGUACACCAGCGGAACCCAUCCAACUUGAAGGAGCUGGAGCAGUUUUGCCUUGAAGAAUGGGCAAAAAUCCCAGUAGCUAGAUGUGCCAAGCUUAUAGAGACAUACCCCAAGAGACUUGCAGCUGUAAUUGCUGCAAAAGGUGACUCUACAAAGUAUUGACUUUGGGGGGGGGUGAAUAGUUAUGCACGCUCAAGUUUUCUGUUUUUUGGUCUUAUUUCUUGCUUGUUUCACCCCCAAAAAUAUUUUGCAUCUUCAAAGUGGUAGGCGUGUUAUGUAAAUCAAAUGAUACAGACCCCCCAAAAAUCCAUUUUAAUUCUAGGUUGUAAGGCAACAAAAUAGGAAAAAUGCCAAGGGGGGUGAAUACUUUCGCAAGCCACUGUAUUUCCAUGUUACAGCGCUUGUUUAUGGAAAACGGAUGGAAGACAGAAUGGACUACCUGUGCUAAUUGUCUAUCUGUGUCUCUGAAAACCUGUGUGAAAAUGGAAGACGGACGCCUCAAACGUGUUGUCACCUGAAAAACACUGUCGGCUGCAACUGUGUUAAAACAGUGUGCAGUAAGUGUAUAUUUAGCAUUUAUGAAAUUAUUUUGAUGUGAUAUGAAAGUAGAGGGCUUUGUGUUUCUAGAACCGUACCGCAAUUGAGAAUCGAUUCACAUUUAGAUGGAGUUAUUUGGCUUUUUUGGCAUCCAGAGCCAAUUCACCUCUAAACAGAACAAGUAAUCAAUCAAUCAAUCACAUUUAUUUUAUAAAGUCCUUUUUACAUCAGCAGUUGUCACAAAGUGUUUAUACAGAUACCCAGCCUAAAACCCCAAUGCAGAUGUAAGGUCCUUGGACGAAAAGGAGUAACGUUAGGCUACUAUUAGUUCAUUAUUGGGCUAGCAGCUAAAUCCCCUGUUUCUUUAGUGUGAGGCAGCUUGAUGUACACCGCUUGGACAGGACGCUAGUCUAUCAUACAACCUUUAGGUGUACCCAGAUGUUAGUCAGGACUGCGUGGUUUUCUUAGACAGAGCCUAUUUCUGGACUAAAAGCUACACUGAACAAAAAUACAAUCGCAACAUGUAAAGUGUUGGUCCCAUGUUUCAUGAACUGAAAUAAAACAUUCCAGAAAUUGUCCAUAUGCACAAAAAGCUUAUUUCUCUCAGAUUUUGUGCACAAAUUUGCUUACAUCCCUGUUAGUGAGCAUUUCUCAUUUGCCAAGGUAAUCCAUCCACCUGACAGGUGUGGCAUAUCAAGAAGGUGAUUAAACAGUAUGCUGAGGAAUAUAAAAAGCCACUCUAAAAUGUGCUGUUUUGUCACGCAACACAAUGCCACAGAUGACUCAAGUUUUGAGGGAGCGUGCAAUUGGCAUGCUGACUGCAGGAAUGUCCACCAGAGCUGUUGCCAGAGAAUUUAAUGUUAAUUUCUCUACCAUAAGCCGCCUCCAACGUCAUUUUAGAGAAUUUGGCAGUACGUCCAACCGCCCUCACACACGCGUGUAUGGUGUUGUGUGGGCGAGCGGUUUGCUGAUGUCAACGUUGUGAACAGAGUGCCCCAUGGUGACGGUGGGGUUAUAGUAUGGGCAGGCAUAAGCGACGGACAACGAACACAAUUGCAUUUUAUCGAUGGCAAUUUGAAUGUACAGAGAUACCGUGACGCGAUCCUGAGACCCAUUGUCGUGCCAUUCAUCCGCCGACAUCACCUCAUGUUUCAGCAUGAUAAUGCAUGGCCCCAUGUCGCAAGGAUCUGUACACAAUUCCUGGAAGCUGAAUUGUGUACAUGGCCUGCAUACUCACCAGGCAUGUCAGUCGUUGAGCAUGUUUGGUAUGCUCUGGAUCGACGUGUACGACAGCGUGUUCCAGUUCCCGACAAUAUCCAGCAACUUCGCACAGCAUUGCUCAACUCUAUGCAAAGGAGAUGUGUCGUGAUGCAUGAGGCAAAUGGUCACACCAGAUACUGACAGGUUUUCUGAUCCACGCCCCUACUUUUUCUUUUUAAAGGUAUCUGUGACCAACCGAUGCAUAUAUAUUCCUGGUCAUGUGAAAUCCAUAGAUUAGGCCAUAAUUAAUUUAUUUAAAUUGACUGAUUUUCCUUAUAUGAACUGUAACUCAGUAAAAUCAAAGAAAUUGUUGCAUGUUGCGUUUAAAUUUUCAUUCAGUAUAUUUCAGUGGAGAUUUUCCAAUCCAGGACCUGGGUUAAUCUGUGUCCAGGAAACUGGCCUCAGUCAGUUUGUGUAAUCCCAUUGAUUGUUCAACCCAGCCUGGCAGCGGUAGCUCCAUCCAUGGUGUUAUUAGACGAGGUUCGGACUGAGCUCCGUGGUCCUGUAUGGAUCAACGCUGACAUCCUGCCAGGCCCUGGAGGCAAGGCCACACCCCUUGACCCCAAAGUCUUCCUGGAGGCAGCUGUGACCCCAGGUUCCCAUGGUGAUGUUCUCUCCCUGGGCUGGACAACGGGCUGGACUGCAGAUACACACAACCCAGGUGAGUUACCUGAACACAGAUGAGCUGGUGUUUACAUCAUAGCUACCGUGGCUGUACUCAUUCAUCAUACCUGGUAAAUAUAGGUUGCAGGCAUAAUGUUUAAUAACAUAUAAGUAUGUAGGAGCCUUAUGAUGUCUUAAUAACUUCUCUGCCCCAUAGGGUACAGCUGGGAGAUGGUGAGGGAGAUGGAGGCAGUGUGUCGGACACUAAGACAUCCGGUCACCUUCCCGGUCAGAGCAGCCCUCCUACCCCAGUCAUUCUCCCAGCUACACUGGCUUCUACAGCAGUCAGACAGGUUUGAUUUAUUUUACAUUUAUUUAACCAGGACGUCACAGAAAACCUCUUUCCCAAGGGAGACCUUGCAACAGAAGUGAUUUGGUGGGCCACGCUUGCAUGAUAAGAAACCUUGCCCAAGUGUUGAACAGCUAGGCUUUAGCUCAGCAGGCUAACCCAGUUUUGUGGAGCACAGAUGUAUGGUUCCCAUAUUCAGAUGGGCAACAGGUCAGAAAGGUUAGCAUUAGUCAGUUAUUAUGCCUCACUGUUGAAUAAGAGUGGUUUGAGUAGGAUAUGGUACGCCUGCCUCAGUUCACUUAAUACAUUCUUCUGUGGCACAAAGCUCCACAUUUAUCCAUGUUCUCUAGCCGUCCACUAUGCUGCACUCUUCAGUCUAUCCUCCUAUGCUGCACUCUUCAGUCUAUCCUCCUCUCCUCCACUCUUCUCUCUAUCCUCCUCUCCUCCACUCUUCAGUCUAUCCUCCUCUCCUCCACUCUUCAGUCUAUCCUCCUCUCCUCCACUCUUCAGUCUAUCCUCCUCUCCUCCACUCUUCAGUCUAUCCUCCUCUCCUCCACUCUUCAGUCUAUCCUCCUCUCCUCCACUCUUCUCUCUAUCCUCCUCUCUUCCACUCUUCAGUCUAUCCUCCUCUCCUCCACUCUUCUCUCUAUCCUCCUCUCCUCCACUCUUCUCUCUAUCCUCCUCUCUUCCACUCUUCAGUCUAUCCUCCUCUCCUCCACUCUUCAGUCUAUCCUCCUCUCCUCCACUCUUCAGUCUAUCCUCCUCUCCUCCACUCUUCAGUCUAUCCUCCUCUCCCCCACUUUCUCUCUAUCCUCCUCUCCUCCACUCUUCUCUCUAUCCUCCUCUCCUCCACUCUUCAGUCUAUCCUCCUCUCCUCCACUCUUCAGUCUAUCCUCCUCUCCUCCACUCUUCAGUCUAUCCUCCUCUCCUCCACUCUUCAGUCUAUCCUCCUCUCCUCCACUCUUCAGUCUAUCCUCCUCUCCUCCACUCUUCAGGUCUAUCCUCCUCUCCUCCACUCUUCAGUCUAUCCUCCUCUCCUCCACUCUUCUCUCUAUCCUCCUCUCCUCCACUCUUCUCUCUAUCCUCCUCUCCUCCACUCUUCAGUCUAUCCUCCUCUCCUCCACUCUUCAGUCUAUCCUCCUCGCCUCACUCUUCAGUCUAUCCUCCUCUCCUCAUCUUCUCUUCUCUCUCUCCUCUAGCUAUCCUCCUCUCCUCCUCUCAGUCUAUCCUCCUCUCUCCACUCUUCAGUUAUCCUCGAAUUUCUCUCUAUGUGUCCAUCGUCCUCACUAUUCUCUCUAUCCUCUGUUUGUGAAUGUGCAAGCCUAACGAUGACUUCAUUCAGAUCUAAUAGCAUGAAGCAUCUCCACCCUCUCCCAGGAUUUUGUUCCAGCCCUGCUUUAAACACCUGAUCUACUAAUCAGCUGCUCCUCAGGACCUUUUGUAGGCAAAGCACAUUUCAGUGACCAGCCGACAGACAAUAAAAGAUGUGUGAUCUGAUCCUGUGUAUAAUACUGUCUGUUCUGUUUCCUCUCCUAGGUACAGCCUGACAGUGUGGACUGGCCACGCUGAUGUCUUAGCUGUAGAGGACCUAUUGCCUUACAGGAGAGAAAUCGACAAGAGCAGGAUCUAUUACGACCUGCUGGACUCACAGAGGGCACAGCUCAGAGGACUAAGGGGCUACUGAUCUCGUGUUAUUUUUUUUUCUAUUUGUCUUUCUGCAUUGUUGGGAAGGGUAAGCAUUUCGCUGUUAGUCUACUCCUGUUGUUUUACGAAAGGAUGUGAGGAAUAAAAUGUGAUUUGAAUUG